UUGUUUGAAAACUUGAUAAAAACAAACUUGUUUUACUUAAAAAUAUUAAAACAAAACCAGCAUAAUAAUAAAACGCAAAAACAUCAGAAAAACAUUCUUCUAAAAUUUCAUUCUAACCAACGCAACACCAAAACUCAAACAUCUAACAAAAACAUCACAACUUUAAAAACAUUAUUAAAAACAUCAACAAAAACAUUAAAAAUUAAAUGAAAACUUGUGUUUUUGGUGGAACAAAUGAUUCUAACGAAGACAGUAUUUCAACAAUAACAACAACCGGUGGGGGCGGUCUUGUUGCGCGCUCUUCAUCUAGAACGGGCGGGGCCUUAUGUGGUCGUUCUUCUAUUUCUGCUACUGCUGCUGCUUCUUCACGUUUUUCUACUACUCCAACCAAGAAAUUAUCAGCUGGGGUUUUGAUAGAAAAGCAAAAAAGAAGUGGAGGAGAACAUCAAUUCCCCCAUUAUUAUAAACGUAAUCAGAGGUCUACCCCAACUUUUAAACAAUAUUUAAAUGGGGGAGAUGAAUCAAAAAAUAAUAGCAGCAAUAAUAAUAAUAUAAUGGUUAGAAUCUUGAAAAAUUAUUAG